AUGUCGCGGCACAAGCUGUCAAGCGCUGACAAACGCACACGUCACGCGGAUAGAAACAAACGUUUACCACCCUUACCUUCUGGAUCUCGGUCACCACCUGAGACUUUGUUUGAGCCGUCAUCCGAGCCCUUGACUGAUCUUUUGACUAAGCCCUCGACUGAGUCCUUGUACGAGCCCUCAAAACCACCACCUCUAAGGCUGCAUAAGAAAAGCAGUGUCUACGAAAAGCCUCGACAACCCUCGACAUCAGAGAAAGGAGGUUUUGUGGGGAUUUUGAUCAUGACACCCUCAACAAGGAAUGGGAAGGUAGUCUUGUCUAGGCCACACUGCUUAGAUAUCCUUCCGUCAGAACUGACAUCCGCUAUCUACAUCGAUAGCAGUGAUCAGAUGACGGGGCAAACUGUUUUCAUCUAA